GCGAAGUAGAGAAGCACUAAGAAGUUCUCGGCUUCUCGCAGACUGCUGCGACUCCUUGAGGCGUGAGCUGAUUAUUUAUGUGGCUGUGAUAUAGUCUAUAGCAAGAAUAUCCUCUUGGGUCUUCAUCAUGAAGGAGCUUUACCAAGAAAAAGAUAGGGUGAGCAACAUCACUGCUAUCAAGUUCACCUGCUUGAAUUCUGCCAUGACUAGCCAGAUGUCUAGUAUCUUGAUUGAGAAUUCCACUAUGUACAUGCCAGAUGAACCUGGAAAACCUAAUCCACAGGGUCCACUUUCUAGAAAAAUGGGCAUAAGCCAGAAAGAUAGCUCAUGCAGCACCUGUGGCAAAGCAAUCGAGGAAUGCCCUGGUCAUUUUGGUCAUGUAGACUUACACCUGCCAGUCUAUCACUGGGGAUACUUCAAAAAUGUGGUUCAGAUAAUGCAAUGCAUUUGUAAGUCAUGUGCACGUCUUCUCCUGAAACCUGAUGUCAUCGCAAAAUUUACUCUUCAGUCCCGCAAAAAUGCCAAUGAUUACCUCAAGAAGAAAGCUAUGCUUAAGAAAGUUAAUGAAAUGUGCAAAAAGGUGAGAGUGUGCCCACACUGUCAGUCUUUGAAUGGAGUGGUGAAAAAACUGGCACCUAUGAAAAUUAUUCAUGAAAAGUUUAGAGGUGCCAAAAAAGAUGACUCAGCUCGUCAGAAAUAUAUGAACCAGUACAACUCACUGGUGCAGCAUGCUCCUGAUGUGUCAUCUCAACUGCCAUCAAACCCGGUGGAGCUGAUAUAUCCUGCUGAGGUCCUCAAGCUCUUCAACAGUAUGGACCCUCAAGAUGUGUGCGUGUUGUGCAUGGAUGAGCAGUACUCUCACCCCAGGGACCUGAUCAUCACUCGGCUGCCUGUUGCACCAAAUUGUGUUCGACCUUCCGUCUUCUCUGACCUCAAGAAGCCUGGGUCGAACGAAGAUGACAUCAGUAACAUCACGGCACUGAUCAUCUUCUUGAACAACUUGGUGGCUCACCGUGGCGAUAAUACCAGGAUCGGCAAUCUCUACCAAGCUUAUGAGAUCAUGCAACUGCACGUCGCUUUGCUCAUCAAUUCUGAGAUCAGCCUUCCUCCUGAACUGAACUUGGCCCGGAAAUCCUACGUAGGGUUUGUGCAGCGUCUGAAGGGCAAGCAAGGCCGCUUCCGUGGUAACCUUUCUGGCAAGCGAGUCGACUUCAGCAGCCGAACAGUUAUUUCUCCAGACCCUAACCUCAAAAUUGACCAGGUUGGUGUGCCUGAGGAGGUCGCCAAGACUCUGACGUAUCCUGAGCGCGUGACGGCGCACAACAUCGAGCUGAUGAGGCAGCUCGUGCUUAACGGGCCUGACGUUCAUCCUGGCGCGGUGUACCUAGAGCAAAAGAUAACUCCUGGCAUCAAAAAGUCAAUUCGCCAUUUAUACAAAAGAAAACACGAGCUAUCUCAAAACCUGCGUGAAGGAGACCUCAUAGAGAGACACCUGAUGGACGGGGACACGGUGCUGUUCAACAGACAGCCUUCACUGCACAAGAUGAGCAUCAUGGCGCACCGUGCCCUGGUGCUGCCGUGGCGCACGUUCCGUUUCAACGAGUGCGUGUGUGGGCCCUACAACGCUGACUUCGACGGCGACGAAAUGAACCUUCACCUCCCGCAGACCGAAGAGGCCAGGGCUGAGGCGCGGACAUUGAUGGCUGUAAGCAACAAUUUAGUAACGCCGCGCUCAGGCUCUCUCAUCAUCGGGGCGACGCAAGAUUUCAUCACGGGAUCUUACAUGCUAACGCGCAAGAGCGAAUUCUUCGACAAGAGCAGCGCCUGCUCCUUGCUGAUGUCCAUCUCUGAAUCUGCUCAUGUUGAGCUCCCGCCUCCAGCUAUCAUGAAGCCCAUGCAAUUGUGGACCGGCAAGCAGCUGUUCUCUUUAGUGAUGCGCCCAAGUCAGCGUUGUCAAGUGCGCGUAAACCUUCUGGCCAAUAAAUGCAAAGACCAGAGCUGCCGCUACAAAGAUGAGCUCUGCAGCAGCGACAAUUACGUGCAUGUACGCAACUCUGAACUGCUCUGCGGUGUCGUUGAUAAAUCCAUCAUUGGUGCGGGAUCAAGAAAGAAUAUCUUCUACACUCUACUCAAGGACUACGGAAAGGAAGAGGCAGCAGAAGCGAUGUGGCGCGUGUCACGUAUGAGUACACAGUAUUUAAUGAUGCACGGCUUCAGUAUUGGUAUAGGUGAUCUCAGCCCAUCGACCUCACUGCUAGCAAUGAAAGAAGAUUUGCUCAGGAAAGGCAACGCCAAGUGCGCGGAGUACAUCGAUCAGCUGGAAGCCGGGCAGCUCGAGACUUCGCCAGGCUGCAACGCUGAGGAAACAUUGGAACAGAUGAUCUUGAGUGUGCUGAGCAACAUUCGUGAGUCGGCCGGCAAGGGCUGCAUUGAGGAGCUGCAGCGCCACAACUCUGCCCUCAUCAUGGCCGUGUCAGGCUCCAAAGGCUCCACUAUCAACAUCUCGCAAAUGAUUGCGUGUGUCGGCCAGCAGGCCAUUUCUGGGAAACGCGUGCCUGAUGGCUUCACGAACCGCAGUCUCCCGCAUUACCACCGACACUCGAAAAUUCCUGAAGCCAAGGGCUUCGUGAGCAACAGUUUCUUCUCUGGCCUCACUCCCUCGGAGUUCCUGUUCCACACGAUGGGAGGACGAGAAGGCCUCGUGGACACGGCCGUCAAAACCGCCGACACAGGCUACAUGCAGCGACGUCUCGUCAAGUGUCUCGAAGACCUCUUCGUCGCCUACGACGGCACUGUCAGGAAUUCGUCCCAAGAAGUGAUCCAGUUCCGGUAUGGUGACGACGGCCUUGACCCUUCGCUGGUGGAAGUCGUGCCGAAAGCUGUUGACGGGAACGCUACCCCGCCCCUUGAUUUUGAACGAAUUCUUUACCAUAUUAAAGCCAUCACUCCUCCUGGAAACGAAUUUCUAAAAAGUACCGAUCCUGUUCGUUGCACGAAAGAGUACUUAGCAGAGCUCACAGAAGGAGCAAAUAAAACUUUUUCUCUUCUUUCUGAAAAUUUCCGGAAAUCUAUCAUCGAGUUCAUGGAAAAAGAAAGUCAGAAGAUGGCUGAAGCUGAGGUGCUCGAGAAAAAGCUCAACUCAAAGCACCGUUUACGACCUUUCACGGUGGACCAACUUUUGGCUUUUGUACAAACGCUUGUUAAUCGCUACUUAGGCAGCAACAUUUUGUCACUGAGCCGUGAUGGGAGCGAUCGCACGGAAGCAGGUCCCGGUAUUAUCGUAGAGCCUGGCACUGGUGUAGGUGCACUCUGUGCGCAGUGUAUCGGAGAACCCGCAACACAAAUGACACUCAAAACCUUCCACUUCGCCGGUGUUGCUGCCAUGAACAUCACACUUGGAGUGCCGCGUAUCAAGGAAAUCAUAAAUGCUACUCGUUGCAUCAGCACCCCCAUCAUCACAGCGCAGCUCAUCGACAACAGAGAUGCUCACAAAGCUCGCCGAGUAAAAGCCCAUAUUGAGAAAACCUUGUUGGGUGAGGUAUGCGAAUUUAUCAAGUUUGUAUGCAGAGAAGACGAAAUGUUCUUCAUAAUCAAACUUGCCAUCGAACAUAUCAAUUUACUGCAGCUCGGAAUCAGCGCUGAGAGUGUGAAGUAUUCCAUUUGCACUUCAAAGAUGAAGGUACGUGAGAGCGAAGUUUCUGUCAAGAGUGUCACUCUGCUGGUGGUGCGGCCCAACCCUCACGGCAAAGAAGAUGCCUACCACCAAAUGCAACACAUAAUCAAGCACUUGCCCAAGGUGGUGGUCAAAGGAUUGCCCACUAUUAGCCGAGCUGUCAUCCACCAGCGAGAUUUUCGCCCGGGCGAAAAUAGAGACAGCCCAAUUUACGAACUUUUGGUAGAAGGUGAUAACCUGCGUGAAGUGAUGGCAACAGUCGGAGUAGAUGGACACAAAUGUCGCUCUAACAACAUCGUUGAGGUAUACAACACUCUGGGCAUAGAGGCUGCAAGGCAGACGAUCGUUGACGAGAUCACCCAUACCAUGAACUCCCACGGCCUCGGUAUCGACAGUCGACACGUGUACUUACUAGCCGACCUAAUGACUUGUCGCGGCGCCGUGUACGGCAUCACGCGUCACGGUCUUGCUAAGAUCAAAGAAAGCGUCCUCAUGCUCGCGUCCUUCGAGAAAACUGCUGAUCAUUUAUACGAGGCCUCUUAUCACGGGCAGGUAAAUGAAAUCAACGGCGUCAGCGAAAGUAUCAUCACAGGCAAGCCAAUCAAUUUAGGAACUGGUCUCUUCAAACUCGUGCAGCGACAUCGACGUUCUGAUAUGGUGCCAGAUUCCCACAAGCUGACCCUUGAUCUCGACGACACUCUUGAAGGGAUGCCGUCUCCUAUGCCGAUUGGUCGGAGAGCCAAGCUUUUUGAUGUGCCCGAGUUCCACGUUAAUCUUUAUGGGAGUAAAAAAAGUUAUUCAUAUACAAGAUAACAAAACUCCUCCGCAAUAUUUUCAACCGGGAAGAAGAGAUGGCGUGUAUAAAUAAAUUGCAGCUCAGGAAGUCGAAUUGCAUUUCACUCCCGACCUCUUCAAACCAGUCACUUAUUUAAGCCUGUAAUACUUGUCUGAUUACGUUAUGAAUUAUGAACACUUGGAAACUGAAA